AUGGAAGAAGGAGACUACAUUGAUACUCUGCUGGAAGAUAUCAAGAAUACUGCUGUACUUAAAUGUGGUGAAAACAUGGCAGGAUAUAAUAUUGGUGUUGCUAUCCUUUCAUCAAGUUUAGGAGAUGGGGGCGAAAUUACGAACAAAUUAUUGGAAAGUUGGAAUAUGAGAGAUGUUAAUUGUAAUAACGAUAUAGUUUUUGUAUAUUUGGCAAGUGAAAACAGAGCUAUAAUUAGAUGGGGUGUUUCAGUUGAACCUGCUCUUAAUAUUGUAAUGUAUCCAGAAUUAAUUAGUGAAAUAGAUUCCGUUUUUUUGGAUAAACCAAUUGGACCAGCUAUUUAUAAUGGUAUUUCAACUAUAAGACAACAGUUGAAGGAAAAUAUUGGGCCACCUAGAAGACUUCCUCAAUUGCUUGUCUUAUCCAUUAUUGGAGGAUUAACAGUUUUGGGAUUCGGAGCACUUGUUGUAUCUGCAAUCUCUGAUUCUAACCCAUCGAAAAGUGCCUCCAGACUAGGAAGAAGAAUUGAAGCACAAGAGUUAUUAAGUAGAAUUCAGGCAAUGGUUAAGGAUGGAAGUAUUGACAAAGAGUUAUGUCCCAUUACAUUAAUCGAUUUGAACCGAACUGGAGUUCCUUAUGUGAUAUGUAAUAAAGGAUAUAAAUACGAAGCUAGAUCAUAUAUGGGAUGGAUGAAAGCAAACAGAUGUGGACCUGAAACUGACCCAAUCACUAGAGCUAUAGAAAAAAAUGAAUUCAUUACUUCAAAUAGAGAAGACGUCCCAGCUGAAUUCAGAAAAAUCCCUAUAAAGCUUUAUUUAGAGAGUCUAAGCAAUAUUUAUCCAGAUAUUAUUAGCGAACAAAACAUUAAAGAUUUCAUGAAAAAUACAAAUGAUAGAUGGAUAAUACCAUAA